UUGGUAAAGAAGAACUUCAUGUUUUGGAUGUUUAUGUUCGUCUGCAAGAACAGCAUCCAAUUUAAUUCGGAAAUCAUUUGUUUUGAGUCAAGCUUCAAAGCAAAAAUGCCAACACAAGAAGAAAUUUUUGCAGAGCUGGGCAUUUCUGGUCAGUCUAAUGUAUCAGUUGGCCAGUUUGGAGAUCCAAAUAAACUUGGAAAUGAUGCGGGAGUUGAGCAGAUGUGGGCUAUCAAGGCAAUGGAUCAUGCAGAAGUUUAUUUUAAUUUACUAUGCGCUUUGGAUCCUAAACUUCUGAAACUUACUCCAAAGGAUGACCUGAUAUAUUCAGCCUUCAGAGAAGAAUUUCCAGAUUUUAAUGUGGAAAAAUUAGAUGAGGAAUCUCUUAAAAGUCCAGCAGCCAAAGAAACAUGGCGACCAUUUUGCAUGAAAUAUGAGAAGGAAAUUGAAGAUUACAGCUUUGCUACACUGGUUCGUAUUGACUGCAGUGAUGAAUACUCUGAGGCGAAUACUAUCUUGGUAACAAGAAUACAGUUUUUCUGUAUUGAAAUUGCUCGAAACAGGGAAGGGCAUAAUGACUCUAUUCGAGCAAAAUUCAAGCCAAAACCUCGAACACAGAAGCAAUAGUUAGGGAAGUAUCUUAGAAUUAUGAAUUAAUGUUAAAUUUUCAGAAUACUGAAAAUACAAAGAGAAAUGAAAAUAUUUGUGGACGAAAUGUUUCUUUGCUGACUGCGAUUCAUGUAAUGCAAAGGGUGGGCAGGAAAAUUUACUUACACUAAAAUGUUGAAAUAUACAAAAAAAUAAUGACUGUAUGAUCACUAUGAGACUUGCCAGUCUUUAAUGUUAGUUUUCCUUGAAUAUAUCUACUGUAUAUAUCAAUAAUUCUGAUAAAGCCAGUCCUUCA